AUGAGAUUUUUCUCACCCAAAUUCGAAAAUGAUUAUACCCUAGGGAAGCGAAUAUGCAACGGAGUAACAUGUCAAAUAAGAGAAUGUCGAUCCAUAAAGGAAGAAAAGGACUACGUCGUUAAAAUAUAUCCCUCUGACCUCGAUGAUAUUAAUACAAUAAGAUAUGAACAUCAUCUUUACGUAAAAAAUAAACUAAAUUCUAUACCGAAUAUAUUAAAACUAAGAGAUUGUUUUUUUGAUAAAUACUACGUGUACUACGUAAUGGAGAAGUACGAGUAA